AUGUUAACGUGCUACGAACAACGAGUGCGUGACAUUAGGAUUCUGGAGGCUUUGGCUACGAGCGACCACUCAGUACUGAUAGCUGAUAUGGAAUUAUCUUUGCCGUAUUCACAUCCGCUGCAACCUGCUCCCAACUACUGGAAAACGGACUUCGAUGGUCUUGCUCGAGCCGCGAGCCAAGUGGAUUGGUCUCUGUCACAAGCUGCAUCUGUGGAAGAUUGUUGGAUAUUUAUAAAAGAGAGAUUGACGUCAUUGUGUUCCCAAUUUGUGCCAUUGAAAUGUCGAAAGGUUGGACCGAUUAAGCCUCAUUGGUUUGACAAGGAGUAUGGAAACCUGGCUCGGAGGCGGCGCAGACUGUGGGACAAAUUACUUCUCUCUGGCUCUGCCAAUGAUUACGAAGGGUACAAAUGUCAGCGGAACCUCUGCAACAGUUCGAAAAAGAAUAAACCCCGACACUUUGAAGUGCAGCUCGCAUUAGCCGCGAAGACCGCCCCCAAGAGAAUCUUUGCAUACGUGAAGCGACGCCUAAAGCCGGCAGGUGAUGUGCCAGUGCUGGAUGGCACGGAUGGACAGCCCCUAACCUCCAGCACUGAGCGUGCGUCCGCGUUGGCGGCGCACUUCGCUUCUGUGUUUGCGAAUAACCAUGUGUCUGUUCCGAGUUCGACGUGUACCGCUUUUACCGAACUCGAUAGUCUGCAUUGCGGCGUUGAAGAGGUAGCUCAACUACUCGCCAACCUUGACGGCACCAAACCUGCCGGACCUGAUGGGUUUCACCCACUGGUUCUCAAGUCACUCUCAACCAUCCUCUCUCCUGUCGUGACUGACCUUUUCAACAGGUCGCUGUCCGAAGGUUCAUUGCCGAUUGACUGGAAAUGUGCGGUGGUGAAGCCUAUUCCGAAAGGCGGCGACCCUAGCAAAGCAGACAAUUACAGGCCAAUUUGUCUGAAGCCUAUUUUGGCAAAGGUUGCUGAGAAAAUCGUGAAGAAGAGAUUGCUGCAGUUGCUACAGUCAAACGAGGUCCUGACGCCCGCACAGCACGGUUUUAUACAAGGUCGAUCAUGCAUUACGAACCUGCUUGUGAUGAGGCAUGAGUGGUUGAAGGCAAUAAACAAGGGGAAAUCCGUCGACGUAAUAUUCAUCGAUUUCAGUAAAGCCUUCGACAAGAUCAGUCAUGAGGUUCUCCUUCACAUACCCAGUAUGUGUGGCGUCGUUGGCUCACUGCACCGGUGGAUCCGCGACUCUCUUGUUGGAUGA